GCACUGAGGCUCAGCUGAGCUGUGGGACGCGCGAGCGGCGUCUUUUAACUGAGAGAAAAUAAAGUUGGACGAAAUUAAUAAAAUAAGAGAAGGACAUUUUUGUGUGGACACCGGGAAAGGAGCGUGUUCGAGGCUGAGACGAAGCAGGACGACUCAGAGAUCAAUCCUAAAGAACACUGAGAAGUUCCAUUAAAACAAAAAACACAAAUUUGGUAAAACUUCAAAUCCAGAAAUCUCUGAUUCGCCAGACUCUUGGAUCUCUCUGCGAGUGUCACGUUUUCUGACGUCUCCCCGCACAUGCAAAUGGCGUGUUGUCUGAAGGACGAGCUGCUGUGUUCCAUCUGCCUGAGCAUUUAUCAAGACCCGGUGAGUUUUGGCUGCGAGCACUAUUUCUGCCGUAAGUGCAUCACGGAGCACUGGAGCAGGCAGGAGCACCACGGCACACGCGACUGCCCUGAGUGCAGGAGGACCUUCACCGACCCGCUGCUCUCGCCCAGCCUCAAGCUGUCCAACAUCGUGGAGAGGUAUUCGGCCUUCCCGCUCGACGCCAUCCUCAACGCCCAGAGGAACACGUACCCCUGCAAGGACCACGAGAAGGUCAAGCUGUUCUGCCUCAACGACAAGAGCCUGGUGUGCUUUUUCUGCGAUGAGCCUGCUUUACACGAGCAGCACCAGGUCACCACCAUUGACGAGGCUUAUGAGGAAAUACAGAGGGAGAUGAAGGAACAGCUGACGGCUCUGCAGGACAGCGAGAGAGGACACACAGAGGCUUUACAUCUGCUGCAGAGACAGCUCACUGAGACCAAGUCGUCAGCUAAAAGCCUGCGAGCUACGAUCGGCGAGGCGUUUGAGCGGCUGCACCGCUUCCUGCGCGAGAGGCAGAAGAGCAUGCUGGAGGAACUGGAGGCUGACACGGCUCGCACCCUGUCCGACAUCGAGCACAAGAUCCAGCGCUACAGCCAGCAGCUCCGCGACGUCAAGGAGGGCAUCCAGAUCCUUCAGGAGAAGCUCAGCGAACCCGGACGGCACGAGUUUCUGGAAGGAGUAGCGCUCACAGCCGAAAGAGAGCAAGUGAUUCGUGGAAGGUAUUGCUGGUGGAAGAUACCAAGAAUAAAAGGCAAAAUACACGAAACCAACCUUACCUACGAAGACUUUCCGACAUCUAAAUACAUGGGUCCGUUACAGUACACCAUCUGGAAGUCUCUGUUUCAGGAUAUCAAUCCAGUGCCUGCCGCUUUGACCCUGGACCCGCUGACAGCGCACCAGAGGCUGAUUCUGUCUGACGACUGCACCAUAGUGGCGUACGGUAACCUGCACCCACAGCCUCUGCAGGACUCACCACGCCGCUUUGAUGUUGAGGUGUCUGUACUGGGGGCAGAGGGCUUCUGCUCAGGAGUGCACUACUGGGAGGUGAUGGUCUCGGAGAAGACCCAGUGGAUGAUCGGCGUGGCCAACGAGACGGUCAGCCGCAAGGGCAGCAUCCAGAUCAGCCCGAGCCGUGGCUUCUACUGCAUCGUCAUGCAUGAUGGCAACCAGUACAGCGCCUGCACCGAGCCCUGGACCCGCCUCAAUGUCAAGAGCAAGCUGGAGAAAGUGGGCGUGUACCUAGACUACCCCAAAGGCCUGCUAGUCUUCUACAACGCCGACGACAUGUCCUGGCUCUACACGUACCGAGAGAAGUUCCCAGCAAAGCUGUUCCCGUACUUCAGCCCCGGACAGAGUCACGCUAACGGAAAGAACGUGCAGCCGUUACGGAUCAACACCGUGCGACUAUAAGCUGCUCUUCUGAUUCAACCUGAAGUCUUCAAAAGACCAGUAGUGUUUGGUUUUUGUUGUUUUGGUGCUUUAUUUUUAAGUUCUGGCUCAGAACAGCAGACGCGCUUUACAGCACCGUGACCUCAAAUAUUUUACAGUUCCAGUUUUCGGCAGUGCGGUGCGUCGGGAACGGCCGGGGAAUCCGUAUACUUUCUGAUGCGACGUUUCCUCUGUGGGCUUUUUGUACAUUCGGUAUUUCUGGUCAUUUGUAAUCGUGCCGUGGCUCUCUUGCUCUCCCAGCUGCUUCACACACACACACACGCACACACACACGCACGCACACACGCACGCACACGCACGCACACACGCACACACGCACACACGCACGCACACACACACACACACACACACACACACACACACACACACACACACACACACACUCCAUCUCAUAUCCUGUCAGCCUCCAGAGGCCAAGUGCUCACUCUCAGCCCUCUUCUGCUUGGAGAGAGGGAUAGAAAGCACGCGAGUGUGAGCGAGAGAUGGAGAGAGCGAGGGAGAGCACUUCUGUUGUAUCGGAGCUCAAAAUGUGAAAGGUGUUGCUUUUUAUUCAUUGUGCAGUCAUUUCUGUCAUGUUCUGUGGAAUGUCCUGUACUCAAGACCACUAUUCUUUAUUCUUUUCUCUUCUUUAUUUUAUCUUCUGCAUUUCCCUGUGAUUAAUGAGAUAAGAUUGUGUGUGUGUGUGUGUGUUUAAGGAUUUUAUUCUCUACCGUUCACCCCUGUGAUGAGGUAAUGAGAAUGGCACGUCUUCUGCUGCUCAGGUGACCUUUAUCCACGUCUGCGGUCUUUGCAGUCGGCCAGCGGUAAUUGCGGUGUCCGGGGGUGGGGGCGUGUGUGAGUUUGAGGCGAGUCUGUCUCUAACACUCGUAUUUUAUGUCCUGUUUGAGAUUCAGGACACAGCAGGAAGAACGAACUCACGUCACCUGGGCGUUAAGUAAAGAAUCAAACUCAUCAGAGUCAGUGCUACAACACAAGAGCGAAAUAUUUUGCCCACGCUGAAGUGUUUUAUUUCUCUUAUACCACAGCCUGCGAUAACAAUUCAACAAUUUAAUGUUGGGAAACAUUCGUUAUAGCAGCUGUUAACAGUUCACUUCACCAGCAUCUCAUUUUCUUCAGGUUUAGAAAAAAUGAGAAACCAAAAUAAUAAUAAUAAUAAUAAUAAUAAUAAUAAUAAUAAUAACAACCCAGUUUUUUAAUGUUACAGAAAAAAAAUCACAAUUUUCUGUUCUCUGAACCACAGACUUUCCUGUGGUGUGCGUUAAAAAAAAUAAAUAAAUACAUAAAAAAUAAAAAUCACCAUAUCAACGAUUUUAUUUUCCAAUGAAUUUUUGCUAUAUUGCAGUUUAUUUGUCUUAGUUUUCUUAGUUUUCUAUACAAGUCCCUAUGACCGAGCUGUUACUAUAGAAAUGAUAACCACUCAAAAGGCUGUGGUAUAAAACACGCCACGUCUGAGCGCACCGUCGGUGAUCGAGUGACUCCGCACUCUUCUUGUCCCGUUCACGUCGUUUAAAACGUUUAUUUCUAACGUUCCUUCAUUCCGAGCCAUGCUUUUAUUUUCCUGGACGUCUGACUGAGACGGUCAGCGUGUUGAAACAAGCGAGGGCUGUUACUGCGUCGGGCCAUCUGUCACCUCGAGCACGUUUAAGAGGCAGAAACGGUGCCGAGGCAGUCGCUUGAUUUUCACAAAUUCAAACUCGAUCCAUUCCAUGUAUAUUAAAAAAAAAGGUAAAAAUUCAAGGGCCAAACAUUUUAAUUUCUAUUGUUCAUGUAAAUAAUUAAUGUUUUUUUUUUGUCUCUUGUGGUGUGUUGAGUGAAGUCAGAGCUCAUAGAGUCUCACACACAUUGUUUUUUUCCUAAAGAACCCCGUUUACGAACGCACUUUGUUCCUUUGUCCCGAACCGUCGUCCUCACCACUGCAGCGUAAACGUUCGCUACGGAGAAAUUCUCCACGGCUUCGUUUUAUAAACCCUGCCUUCUUUUGUGUUAACGCUUCAGGGAGACUUUACAAUUUCUUUUUUUUUUUUAUUUGUGCCUUUGUUCCCACAACAGCAAUAAUAACACUUUCACGUAUCACAACGUAACAGGAACUAAAGGAACUAAAAAAAAGGUGCCCUGGACCAAAACCAAAAAAAAAAAAGAGUUGAUCAUCUGAACUUGUGAUGUUUAAAACGAGGCUUUCAUGCAAAACUUUAACUUUAUAUCUGAGACGUUUGACCGGCGAAUUCACACGAUGCCACGUGAACCAAAAGAAAGCCAAAUAUCAUGAAGUCCGACCUGAUAAAGAAACUGAGACGCUCCUGAAUAUCACGUACUGCUUUUUUUUUUUUUUUGCCCUGCACCUUAAUACUACAAUUUAUAAACAAGUAAUUUUCCGUCCUUUCACUUUUCCCUUUUUAACGAUUUCUUGUUAGUAAAGUCUGCACCUCUGAGGUGAGGUGAGCAAAGCACAAAACUCACUUUAAACUCUAAACUAUUAGUUCUAACUCCCCAGAUAAAAUUCAUGUUUUUUUUUCUUCUUCUUCUUUUUUAUUUAUAUUUAUGACGUGAGGACUCGAGGAUCCCGGAGGUUCCCCUGUGUUAAAGACAACAUAAAACACAGAUACGUUCACGGAUCCACGAGCGAUACUGUAUGUUUGAACACACGGGGCUUCGGUUUUUGUUUACCGGGAUUUGAUUGGCUUGUAAAAAGUACCCCUUCCUAAACAAGCACACUAGCAUGCACUCGAUUUUAGGACUGAGGAUGAUGACAGGAAAUCCACCCAACCCCAUAAGUAUUGGCACCAUGGUUAAAAAAAAUGAAGCCAUGAUUAAAAUGCCAAUGCUGUUGUUUGUGCUAAAAUUAUAGACAGAUUCAACAGAACAAGCGAUAACUCGAGUACACAAACACCCACCAUGUCGAUGUCCUCUGUAGCUAUCGGUUGUUCUACCAUAACUUAAAAAUACUAAAAAUAUUCCAGAAUCUGUCGCCGCACGUUAGUGGAAAGUUCCAUGUCCAGGAAAAGAUUUGUACAAAUUGUUAAUCCGCUGACCAAGACCACGAGUCUAGAGGAUUAAAUAGAUCUAAAUGCGUUUCUUUGACGCUAAUGAGCAUUAAUUAUUGGCACCCUCUGUGCUGAUGAAGACCAAAUGUAAGUGUUUUGCCACCGCUCUUUUUAUUUUAAUUCCUUGUUCCAUGUAUUUUGUAUCUUGUAUCUCUGAACACUUGGGUUAUUUAUGUGUGUGAGUGUGUGUUUGCUCUAUUUGUGUUGAAAGGUUUGGUGUAGCACUGAGCAUUAUGGGAUGUAUAAUUCAGCACAUGUGGAACAGCUGUGUGUACAGUUCAUUAGGGCUUCGUAUGUCGGUGCUCGUUACUCAGGCCAUGAGGUCGGGUGGGUUUUUUUUUGGGAAGCGUGUGAGACAUCAUUCAUUUUACAAUGUUUACUCUGAUGGUGAUGAUGAAUGUGACGAACGUGUGUCCGGAUGACUGACGCUUUGCACCCGUCGUUGUGUAAACGCACUGUGGUGUGCUCUCGCUGCUGGACCUUCAUGAAAAGAUGUUUUACUCUACGAAUAAAGAUCGGUGAAACCAG